CGCCCAUCUUCUCAUCAGCCUGCAGCCUUUAUAAGGAACCACCUCCCGACAGCCAACGUCAGUCCGUCUGCUUCUCGUGGGAGUACCAUCAGCGCGACUUUCACCCUUGGUCAACCUGUGCAGUUCAUUCCAAACAUCAAGCCAAGCUCAUCCUUUCGGUCUUCUGCCCAAGCCAGGAACCAUCACGCCCGAACCUUCCAACGCCACUGGGACUAAAAUAAAACCUUCUUUCCUCAUUCAUCCUCCCGUCUCUGUCCUGCUUCUGGGUCCAGCCUCACUCAUCCUAACAAGGAGCUGCCCGCGUGCCAAACUUUUCCUGCUCCCUGAUUGGUGCGAUGGCGCGCGUGAGGGUGGGGUAAAGUUGGGGCUAAUUAGCAUGAGUCUGCAGCCAGAUAAAGGCCCCGGCAGCGUCACCUGAGGCCCCGGUGAGCUUCAGACCCCCGCAGAGAGCGCUGGUCCUUCGGGCUCUGGGUGGGAACGACACUUCCUCGCGGUCCGUGGGUCUUCUUCUCCUCCUUCUCCGCCGUGUCUAAGUUCGGAACUCCGGGUCCUUCAUGAGGCUGGAGGCCGCUGCCAGGAUGGACCUGUUCAGGAAGCUGUGGAGGGCGCGGAAGCUCAUCCUGGUGGUGUUGAUCCCGCUGUCCCUGCUUCCCCUGCCGCUCAUCCACCCCACCAGCGAAGCAUGCUGUGCGUACGUCUUGAUGGUGACGGCGGUCUACUGGGUGUCUGAGGCCGUUCCUCUGGGGGCGGCCGCCCUGGUCCCGGCCUUUCUCUACCCUCUCUUUGGUGUGCUGAAGUCCAGUGAGGUGGCUGCAGAAUACUGCAAGGACACCACUCUGCUGCUGAUGGGAGUCAUCUGCUUGGCAGCGUCCAUAGAGAAGUGGAACCUGCACAAACGCAUCGCCCUGCGCAUGGUGAUGAUCGCAGGAGCAAAGCCGGGCAUGUUGGUGCUGGGCUUCAUGUGCUGCACUGUGUUUCUGUCCAUGUGGCUCAGCAACACAUCCACCACCGCCAUGGUGAUGCCCAUAGCAGAGGCUGUCCUUCAACAGCUGAUCUGCACCGGUCUGGCCGACGGCCACGAAGACUCUGAAACCAUGGACGCCCCAGAGGAAGACAGCGUUGUGUCAAGCAAAGAAGAGAACCUGGACAAGAACCAGUUGGAGCUGUUCUAUCAAAAUGACAGGAAUACCUGCGCUAAAGAUGAGCUUUGUUCACUCAGUGAGGGUCAGAGUUGUGAGGUGAAUGGUUUUGGCCUGCAGCCAGUUCCAAACCAGACGUUUGUGCAUCAAGUCAACGGUCACCUGCCGCAGAUAGCCGUUGAGAUCCCAAAUUUGAAGCGGGUCAAAGCCAGGCGGGACUCCCAGUACCCCACCAAGAGGGAUCAUAUGAUCUGUAAAUGCCUGUCGCUGAGCAUCACGUACGCUGCCACCAUUGGUGGCCUCAUCACCAUCACCGGCACUUCAACCAACCUCAUCUUUGCCGAACAGUUUAACACUCGAUAUCCAGAAGCGAAGGUGAUCAACUUUGGCACAUGGUUCAUCUUCAGCUUCCCCAUCGCCAUCAUCAUGCUGGUGCUCACCUGGCUGUGGCUGCACUUCCUCUUCCUCGGCUGCAACUUCAGAGAAACCUGCUCGCUGAGUAAGAAACGCAAGACCAGGAGGGAGAUGAUGUCAGAGAGGAGGAUCCACGAGGAGUACGAGAAACUGGGUCCCAUCAGCUACCCGGAGGUGGUGACGGGUGUUUUCUUCAUCCUGAUGACUCUGCUGUGGUUCACCAGGGAGCCCGGCUUUGUUCCUGGAUGGACUUCUCUCUUUGAAAAGAAGGGAUACAGGACUGACGCCACAGUAUCCGUGCUGCUGGGCUUCCUGCUCUUCCUCAUUCCCGCCAGGCGACCCUUCUCUUCAUCCAGCUGCAGAAACCCAGAUGAAAGUUCCGGGUCGGAUCCACUCGCCCCCAUGAUCACCUGGAAGGACUUCCAGAGACUGAUGCCGUGGGAGAUCGUCAUCCUGGUGGGGGGAGGCUACGCGCUGGCAGCCGGCUGCAAGGUGUCGGGCCUGUCGAUGUGGAUCGGCAGACAGCUGGAGCCCAUGAGCGGCCUCCCCCCCUGGGCCGUCACCCUGCUGGCCUGCCUGCUGGUGUCGGCGGUCACGGAGUUCGCCUCCAACCCGGCGACUCUCACCGUCUUCCUGCCCAUCCUGUCUGCACUGUCGGAGACCCUCCUCAUCAACCCGCUCCACACUCUCAUCCCGUCCACCAUGUGCGUGUCCUUCGGGGUCAUGCUCCCGGUGGGGAACCCCCCCAACGCCAUCGUCUUCAGCUACGGCCACGUGAAGAUCAGCGACAUGGUGAAAGCCGGCUUCGGGGUCAACCUGAUCGGCGUGGCGGUGGUGAUGCUGGCCAUCACCACCUGGGGGGUCCCCCUCUUUAACCUGACCGAGUUCCCCGUCUGGGCCAUGGCCCGCAACGUCACCGGGAGCUUAUAACCGCCUGGGAUUUAGGCGGGGAAGGGGGGGUGACGGCUAAACGACAGGAAGGACAGGAAACAUCCGUCCUGUUGCUGAGCGACACCGGAGGAACCGGUGGCGGGUUUUUAGGACGGCUGCGGAGCAAACACACACACACAGGUUCGAAUCCCAAUGAAUCUUUCGUGACAAUCCAAGAUCUUUUCCUGUCUUUUCUGCGCCAGGAUUCCGUUUUCAGCAGAUCCUCAGAGGACCUGGAGCCUCAGGAAGCUUUUCCUCUGCUUUUAUUGUGAAGGUCAUGCCGCUGUGUUCAGAGAACCUGUGAUCAGUGCAGACCCAAAAACUGAAGGGUUUUCCACGGACAGAACCGAACCGUGGGCUCAAAUCAGGAUCGGCUUAAAGUCAACGUUUUAAACUCCUAAGGACGCUUUGGAAACUUAUAAGAAAUGUUUAAAUCAAAUAAAAAUAUCAUGUUUUUUCAGCUUUUCUUUCCUUCACGUUCAGUUUUCAAUUUACAGUUUUAAUUCAGAGAUUUUCUUUUUGGAGUUGAAACUAUGAAGCCCGAUGGUCAUGAGUGACAACAGGGGACAUGGUGACGUCAUCGUGUCGCAUUCAGGUCAACUCCAAAAUGUCUGAAAUAAGAGCCGUCAAUCAAGUGAAGAGGGACAUAUUUAAACAACACAGCAGCUGCGUCUCAUUCUGACACUACAAAAUGUAUUUUGUUAAAUCAAGUUGAAUAUUUUUAAAUGUACACAUUUAAGUUAAAAUAUUUCUCAGAAAUUUGAAGUGUUUUUUCAAAUUUUACAUUUUUACUUUGAGUUCACAAAAUUGUGUGUUUUACAUUUUUCAAUAUUUCUUAUAAGUUUACAAACUAUUUUCUUAAAAAACUUUCCGUCUGUCUUUUUGUCGGUUUUUCUUCAUCCGGUCCUGAUUUGACCCUCGUACCGAUUUGUUUUCCCGCUCAAUCCGUUCCUUUUCCUGUCUUGCUGCCAUCAGUAGAAAUCGUGCCGUCUCUACAUUUUUGAAAGAUUCCAGCUUCCAGACGAAACGCCGCAGUAAAGACGCCGCCGUAGGAACCUCUGGAAUUCAGCCCCGACUGCUGGAAUGUAAAAGAUGUACUUUAUAUUUUUACACAAGGUCAACCGUUAGAGUGAUUCUUUUUUUUUAUAAUAUAGAAAUUCAUGGAUGUUUGUAAUUUAUUCUCUUCUGCUGCCGUCUCCUUCGUCCAGCCGGGUGGUACGGCGGUGACCUUUGACCCAGAGGCUAUGUUUCUCUGUAAAUACGCACAAGUGUGUGACAUAAAGUCUUUUCUUUGAUGAGAUGUACGGCUAUAAUUGUGACUUCUGCUACGUUCGUAUUCAGAGUGACGAAGAUUUCAACAAUAAAAACAAUCCAACCCUCCGA